AAACAAACCCUGAAUCGGUUCCUGUCCGGGCUGGAGAAAAAAUGGCGGCUACGGGAGCCGGGUCUCCCAGCCGGUUGGUCCAGUAUGUUGUCGUCCGGUCGGAUCUGGUUCACAAGCUGUCCUGGCCCCUGGGGGCCGUCAUAACUCAGGCCUGUCACGCUGCUACCGCCGCCAUCCACCUUCACUACGGGGACCCGGACACACAGCAGUACCUGGCCGAGCUGGACUCCAUGCACAAAGUGGUCCUGGGGGCUCCGGACGAGGCCGCCCUCUCUGGUCUGGCGGAGACUUUGACACAGGCUGGUGUGGCCCACAAGCUUUGGAUCGAACAACCAGAGAACAUCCCCACCUGCUUGGCUCUGAAGCCGUGUCCUAAAGAGACUGUGCAGCAACUGAUGCGCAAGUUCAAACUCUUCAAAUGACCGUGCUGGAAAACACCAUCCAGCUGUGCACUACGAUGCAUGUCAGUAUAUAAUUUUAUCUUCACAAGGCGAACACCUGAGAGUUGUGCUCUUCUUCUCAGUGCAUGCAAGCGCCUGCAAUGUCUGAGAUUAAAAUCGGUAAAUAUGAAA